AAGAGUUAUAAUUGAAGGGAUGAAUGAUAAUCAAAUGAAAUUGAGAAAAGGCAUAAUUGAUGGAAUGGAUGAUGAAACGUAUUGGUGGGAAUACUAUGUUUGUUCGAAAAUAUUAUUUGAUCAACAAUUCAAACCGUUAUUUAAGAGUAUACGAAAAUUAGAUAUUGAAGGAGUUGAAGAACAAGAAGUUGAAGAAAUGAUCAAUGCAUGGAAAGAUUUUUCAACAUUAAAAACCUUAAAAGUUCAGAUAAACAAACAUCUUUCAACCAUCGUUUCUAAUACACCAUUUCUUAGAAAAAUUUAUAUAAAUAAAGGAGACAUUCAUUUUCUUCUUCCUCUUUUAGCCUCACCAAUUCCUUCAAGAACGUUAACAUCUAUAACAUUACACAAUGUUAAAUUUGAUAAAUCAGAUCAAUGGGAACUUUUAUCCUCCUUAUACAAUCUUGAAAAGCUAAAGUUAAUCGUUUGUUGGAUUCACCCAGAUGUAGAUUCUGAUGCUAGACAAGAUAUGAUAUCUAAGACAUUAUUAUUGCAAUGGGGAGUAUCACAACAUGCUUUAGUGGUCAGUGAAAAUUUUGAAGAUAGCCGAGUUAGAGUUUUUCAUGAAUCAUUGGAACGAG